AGUCGCUGAAAAAAGGUGAAUGGCUCUUAUGGCUGGCUAGCUAAUCAGAUGGAAGAAAAGCGUAUUAAAACGUUCCCGAGUGUGAGUUUUACUACAGUAUAUGUGCUGUAAACCCUUCAUAAGGAUUUUAUGACUGAAACCUCUCUCUUUUUGUAUGCAUUGCUCUUUUAAGCCGAGAGUGAUAAGACUCGCUUCCUCUGAUCUCAUGAGGCUUUAGCAUGCUAGCAUGCCCUCUGAUUUUAUAUCUCUCCUGAGCGCCGAUAUCGACCCCAGUUCUCCCAAAUCGCUCUAUUCCAAAGAGUCAGUGUAUGACCUGCUCCCUAAAGAGCUGCAGCUGCCUUCGGUCGUUCAGCAGGACAACCCCACCAUGAGCCAGAAGAGCGGUGGAGAGGCCGGACCUCCUCCUCCGGCUGCCCUGGCCUCAGAUGCUGCUGCCACUUGCGCCGCUGCCUCCUCCCCUGGAGGACUCAGCAGUACACUUCCUUCCUGUCCCAGCAUGCUCUCUGCUACCUCAGCCCAAGAGCAGGCUUCCAGGCUCCACAGCGGUCCUGCCGCAGAGGGGAUGCCGGAGAGAAUGGGUGUGGAGCCUGGACCAGCGGUGGCUAUCAGUGCGUUAGAUACUGUCGGAGCCACACAGAGCCAGGCGACCCCUUCGAAGCGGAGGACUGUCCUGAGCAUCUCGCCCCCUCCAGAGGACCUGCUGGAUGACAGUCGCAUGUCCUGCCAGGAUGACCUGCUUCCCAACCAGGACUCGGAGCAGAGCGGCAGCAUGUGGAUGGAUGAAUCUGUGUCCAACUUUAGCAUGGGCAGCAGCAAUUCGUACAACGACAAUACUGAAGUGCCCAGAAAGUCUCGCAAGAGAACUCCUCGUCAGCGGCCAGGGCCAAAGCCUGCGGCCCGGGAAGAAGCCGGCAUGGAUGUGUUUGAUGCAGAUAGCGCUAAAGCGCCGCACUUUGUUCUUUCACAGCUGGGUUCAGACGCCAAAGUCACACCCAAAGCGAGCUCCCUGGAAGUGUCAAACAAUCAGAAGGGGGGCGUUCUUUCCAUUCAGUACCCUCAGAAGAGCGAAGGGAAGGAGCUGAAGAUUUUAAUUCAGCCAGAGACGCAGCACAGAGCACGAUACCUCACAGAGGGAAGUAGGGGAUCCGUCAAAGACCGUACCCAGCAAGGAUUUCCUACAAUCAAAUUAGAGGGAGUCAAUGAACCGGUGGUGCUCCAAGUGUUUGUGGCUAACGAUGCUGGACGCGUGAAGCCUCAUGGGUUUUAUCAAGCCUGCAGAGUGACGGGGCGCAACACAACUGCUUGUAAGGAAGUGGAUAUCGAGGGGACCACAGUUAUUGAAGUAAACCUCGAGCCAACCAACUCUAUGACCCUAGCCGUGGACUGUGUUGGAAUCUUGAAGCUGAGGAAUGCUGAUGUUGAAGCUCGAAUAGGGGUUGCCGGCUCCAAAAAGAAGAGCACUCGAGCUCGUUUGGCCUUCAGAGUCAACAUCCCAAGAUCUGAUGGAUCUGUCCUAACCCUUCAGGCCCUCUCCUCUCCUAUUUUAUGUACUCAACCUGCUGGUGUGCCUGAAAUCCUCAAGAAGAGCCUUCACAGUGGCUCUGUCGCAGGAGGAGAGGAAGUCUUCAUCAUCGGCAAGAACUUUCUCAAAGGAACCAAAGUUCUUUUUCAGGAAAAUUCUACAGAUGAGAGUGGUUGGCAGGCAGAAGCAGAAAUCGACAUGGAGCUUUUUCAUCAGAAUCAUCUAGUGGUGAAGGUUCCCCCAUAUCAUGACCAGACAGUGACCUCCCCAGUGUCUAUUGGGAUUGCUGUAGUUACAAACGCAGGGAGAACACAUGAUCUACAGCCUUUUACCUACACUCCUCUAACAGAGAAAGUUGAAAUACCAGUGAAAUCAGAACUGCCAGCCACAGUAAAGGCGUGUACCUUUGAAGAACAGAUAAAAGCAAUGCAAACGGAAACCAGUUGUCUAAACAAUGUAUUAAUGUUACCUAUGGUCAAACGAGAAGAACCUAUGGAAGUAUCCUGCAACGCAGCACCUUCAGACAUUUUUAAGCCUGUAGAGGCCCUUAGUUCAGCCCAACAAAUCUUGGAGAUAAGUACUGUCCUUCCUUCUGCCACCAAGUCUUUUCCAAGCCCUGUGGCUCUUCAACCUGUUGACUCACAACAGCCAUCAGCUCAAAUAUUUUCAACUCAAGAAACCUUAUCCACCAUUCAGAAACAGGAUAUUCCUUCACCUGCAUCGUUCCAAGUGUCCUUGUCGGAAGACACAACAGUUCUUCAGCCUGUUCCCCCUCAGGUCCCUCAGCAGUUCUUGAGGGAAACUCCAGAAACCUUGUCUCCAGAAGACAAUAGUGCAGAUGGAAGUGGAAUGGUAUUGGUGGGCAUAGACUCUCGAAAUCCUCCAUCCCAGCGGCCACAAGUUCAGGCUCUUUUGCCCCAGGAUGGUGUUGCACAGCUAGAGAGAGCAGUACGAGAGCUGCAAGCACAACAACAGCUAAAUUCUGUACUUUAUAGCCCCACACCAUCUGCAGAGAGCCUUCAGCAACAUGUCCAGGAAAACAUGAACAGUUUAAGGUUGGGUGGAAAUGAGACAACUCUAACGAACCAGCAACAGCAGCAGCAAGAGCAGAAUAUAUUGGAGAAUCUGCAGCAACAGCAACAGAAGGCACUUGUGGAUCUACAACAUCACAAGACGGUCCUUGAAAAUUUGCAGCAACAUCAGAAGGUUUUAGAAAACCUCCAGCAACAGGCUCUUGGCAACAUUCAGCAGCAGCAAACACACAAAGUUUUGGAGAAUCUACAGCAUCAACAGCAGCACCACCAGAAAGUCCUUGAAAACAUUCAGCAACAAAGUUCAAUAGUGACUCUGCAGCAUCAAAAAGUUCUCGAUAAUCUACAGCAACAGCAACAGCAUCAGAAAAAUUUAGAAACUCUUCAGCAUCAGGAAGUAUUAGAGAGUUUAAAGCAACAAUUGCAGUCAGAGCUAUUGCAGACACAGAUUCCAAUGCAGUGCACACCUAGCUUUGCUAGUGAACAGCAAAGCUCCACACAGACUAAUACUUUAUCACAACCCUCUGAAAGCUUCCUCCAGAACCCACCCCAGCAGCAGUUGCAGCAGCAAACUUCUCUUUUUCAACAGACAGGAGGUCUUAUGGCAAUUCAGACAUCAAGCUUUCUGCAGCAGCCAUCCUCUCAACCCUCACCUCCACAGCCACUUUUUCAGAGUCAUAACCCCUUGACGGAAACUCAAGAAUCGCAGACAGUACUCUUUGGAACCACAAAGUCACCACAAGUUCAAGCCACCUUAUUUCCUGGUACCAUGACAAUGCUAACAAGCACCAAUCUGCCCACAGAUCAGCAGGCUCCUUCAACUAGCUUGUUUAUUGCGCAGAGUGUGUUGCCUGGCCAGCUGUCUUCGGACAAUAACCAGAAUCAGCAGCAGCAACAGAUAGCUUUCCUCACACCCAUGCAGACAUCUGGAACAGAAGCUCAGACUGUCUCACUUUUUCAGGGACAAGCACAGUUGUCCACUCCAAUGGAACAACAGUCUCCCCAACAACAGAUGGCAACACCCCAACAGGCCCCACUUUUUCCAAAUAUUGCCACAAUAUCCCCAAAUCAAGCACAGCCACCGACGCAGACAGGCAUAUUGUUUUGUACCACAACCAUUAAUCCCCAUGAUCUGCCCCAGGCUCUGCUAUUCAGUGGCCAGAAUCAAGCUUCAUUAGCAAGUGACCGUCUCCCAGAGAAUAUUUUUCAGGAGCAGCAACCCAUGCAAGUUGUUCCCAGCUCUGAAAAUGUUACUGUGAACAACCCUUCAAACCAACCAACAGCCGCGGCAGCCCAGCCAACUCCAAAUCCACCAAUUAUUUUUCCGCAAGCUAGUGUUGUGAGUGUUGCUCAACAAGACUCUGCAGAGCCCAUGUCUUUCCAAGACCAGAGCACCGGUGUGAGUGACUCAUCUGCCAGUAUGCCUUCAACACGGACAGAACUUUUUCAGGACCAGCAACCUAUGCAGGUUGUUCCCAGUGCUACCAGCAUAACCCCUGUCUCUCCUACGGACCAACCUUCUGUCAACAUUUUUUUGCCUCAGUCAGCAAUUUCAGCCCUGCAAGGUGGUGUAAGUGCUCAAGAGUUACCUACAACUGCCACAGCAGCCACCAUCUUUACUGGACAGAGUGGUGUGGCAGUGGGUGGUCUCCAGAACACCACAUCUUCCACCCCUCAGCAACCUCCCGGCCAACUCUUUCAGACAGCUAUUGGAGGAACUCUCAGCCAACCUGGACAGCCAGGACAAACAGGCCUUUUUCUCUUUGAGAUUCCCAGUGAAUGUGGACCGCUACUGAAUUCUCCUGGUCCGCCAUUGUCAGAUCAGCUUGUCACUUUGGGCCAUCCCAGUUCGGAUCAGACUCAGCUUCAAACUAGUGCACAGAUUCACCCAUUACUGGACCAGACCAACAACCUUGAUGAUAAGAUAGACGAACUUCUGGAGCGCUUUCAGGAGCAAGAAAAGACGCUUCCUAGGGAUUUCUUAGACCAUUAAAGAUAAGUCUGAAACCUCAAUUCAGUAGACCACCGUCCACACUGCUUGUUGGUGUUUCUUUACAUCUUGUGUCUUGUGUAGGUAUUAACUAAGCUUGGGGGGUUGUCUCAGUUGGGGGGCGGGUCUUCACUUGUAUCUAUGUUUCUGAAAGCUUGUAAUGUGUUGUUUUGGCGGGACAUGUUACGUAUGGAUCCCGUCACAGCUCCUUUUUCUUGAUGGACAUGAAAGGGUCCACUUCAUUGAGGCCACUCUUUGGCAUGUCAACAUAUCAUGUGACCCAUUAAGCCAUUAAGUAUAUUGGCACUUUGCUACUUUGUAUUGUGUUCUUGACCUCCACUUGAAUCUUAUCCAUUUAUUGCCAUCAUUAAUCUGUUUUCCAGUAGAAACCAACCUAGUACAACAUAAAUUAGAAAAAAAAAAACUCUCUGUUGCCGUUGAGAUACUAAUACAUUGUGAAUGAAUUUGAAAUAUUUAGCACUUUAGGGAGUUCCUUCCGGAGAUUCUCCCUUUUAGCUUUGUAACCCGUAUGUGUCUACCAGGCUGUCAAAGCGUUUCAUGUUUUGAUAGUCAUAAUGCUUUUCUAAAAAUGUGUUUGUGUUUCAUUACUCUCUUUAGUGUCUCCUUUCAGAAUAUAGAAUAUUAUGAGCCAUGUUUUUUUUUUUUUUUUUUUGAGUGUUUGAAUGUUUGACAUGUUCAUCCAAUCUCUCCAUUUUCACAUAACAUUUUAAAGUCAAGAUGGUCUAUGUAAAUCACUCCUCCCCUUCUUCUCUGUUUUAGGUUUGUUGUAUUUAAUUUUAUUUAAAUGAUCAAGAGGUCCAACUUGUAGACAUGAAUUCCUAUCAGGGAUGUGAAAAUGUGCAACAUUGCCGUUGAGAUAUGUGAACAGAUUGUAUUAUCAUCCACCAGAGCGUCUACAAUGUGUUUGUUUUAUGUGCUCAGCAGAAAGACGUGGAGCACAUUUGUACUAUAUAAGAUGCAGCUAUGUUGUCGAUUUUGAAUUGUAUGUGGUUCAUGGUGAUUAUUCAAAUAAGCACAAGCUUGGGAAGAGGAUUUGUUGUGGCGGCGCGUGCGAGGGGAUAGUUCACCCGAAUAUGAAAAUCUCUACGCCGUUCCAAACUGGUAUGACCUCCUUUCGUCUGUAGUGCUCAAAAAACAUAAAUUGAGGGUAUUUUGCUCCACGAGGAAAUUUGAGAGCUAUCAUUAUUGGUCUGUUCCUGACUCACGGCGUCCGAUAACUGUGAUAACGCGCACUUGCUUGGUUCAAUGAAUGCUUGCCUCGUAAAGGAAAGAGCGCUUCUUUGCGUUUCAAAGAAGAAAGGCGGUCGUACCAGUUCCCGAACGACGGGAAGUGUUAGAAAAAUAAUGCUAUAAUGAUAUUUAUUGCUAAUGUGAACCGUCGCAACUACGAGGGUGUUUUUUGGGCAGCUCGACAUGGAAGUUAGAUCCAUGUUUCCUGGAGGGGUUAAGAAGGGAUCGGUUUGUAUUAACCCCCGUUAGUUACAAUAAACCUCAUCCGUGGUCCGUUAUUAGAGGAGAAAAUCGGAAACGGGGACGAGACGGCUUCAUAACAUCCCUGCGCGACAAUCUCGUCAUACAAGUUUUAAAAGAACAAUCUUUUGGGAAACACGAAUGCUCUUACCGGUCGGAAAUCGUUAGUCACGUGUCCUAACUGGAAGAUUUCUCUGCAAGCGAACGUCAGAGCGUAGAAGGUGGUAGCGUACGCUGGUAAAUAACUCGUACAGGUCUUGAUAUCGACAGAAUGCUGCUACAUUUUGUCAUAACUGAUACUAAUUGGUUGUUUACAUCAGCCUUGAUUUAUUCUUUUAUAAUGGUUUGAGCUGAAAGUCAUUGUCACACCCUCACCGAGGAGAUCUUUUUACCGCUCCGAUGUUUUAUUAAAUGGCGUUUAUUCGACAUCGUACUUGUUCAGAGACACAGGCAGUCUUUUAAAGAGCUUUUUUUAAGACUCUAACAUCGAUGUACUCUAUUCUAAGAAGCAGCUUUUGCAUCGACGAUAUUCUCAUGCGAACGUAAUGUGAGAUGGUUCUAUUUCAACUCUUCAUAAACAUCUUUGCUUUUAUAAGUCAGUUAUUUUUACAUCGUACUUACCUUUUCUUGCCUUUAUAUUCUUUUUUUUAACGCUUUGUGUAAAAUUUGCAUAAGUACUAUUGUAAAUAGUAGACCGGCUGUUUUAAGUGUGCUGUUCCUUUGUGAGGUAGCAGUUUGUUAAAAGCGUGCUCUCUUUGUAGUAAAACAUAAUAUCUCACCUGCAAAGUGAGGCGUACAUACAGUAUUUUUGUAAGACUGAAUUUCGAAAUGUACUAUGUACAUUUUAAACAUUUUAAAAGUGAAUUGUCCCUUCUGCAGUACUGUACUUCAUACGUCAAUAUUCAGCAGCGGCGGAAUGAUGGUUUUUUUCCCCCAUCACUGUGUUACAAAAAAGGAGAUUGUUAUCUGUUCGGUAUAAGUGAAAUUGAAAUAUUGUCGAUUUCUAAACGAUAAUAAUAAUUAAAAAAAAGACUGGUUUUGGGUGUGGGUGAAUCUCACACGGACUCUUUUUUUUUUUUUUUUUUUUUUUUGGACGUAUUUCACCCUAAAAUACAGAAAUGCAUCCGAUACGUCAUCGAAAUCGAACUAAAGUGCCAUUUUUACGCAAAUCGGUGGCGUUCGUUUUACUCAAUCGGACCGGCGGCCAAUCGCGGCUGAGCCCUUUUUGUUAAAUUCCCGAUGUACGAAAAGUUGAUUUUUGGGGUGAAACGCGACCUGGAUGUUUCUUCGUGAGGCUGAUGUUCUGGAACCCGGGUUCCACGCAAAGCCAUAAAAAAAACAAAAACAAAUAAAAAACCAAACUCUGUAAUCAGAGGGAAAGAAUGUGUGUGUUUUACCUCAUGGUGUAGGACAUAUAGAUUCACACUACAUCUAACCUUAAGGACCAAUUAAGAAGAAAAAAAAAUAUUUUCUCAAAUCAAGGCAGCGGAAUCAAUGUCUUUUUGAUUAAAAUACUCAUUUGUCCUUUCUUGUGUUUUUUUGGUACUGAUGCUCCAGCUUACGUCAAAAAUCAUACUGUAUGUAUUAUGAACAAAAAUAUAUUUCUGCACAAAUCCAUCGUUAACAUUUUUUUUUUUCAUCAUAUUGUGCUUUUUUUGAUUGAAAGUACUUUGUGCCUUUGCAAGCCUUUCCUCUUAUUUCUAAAGGACCUUUGUAUAUAAUUAAAUACUUAGAUGUUGGGAUUACUAGUUCUUGAUCCGGAAGUAAAAGACUACCGUUUUAUUUUGUUGUUUUUAUCAACAUUUUGUCUGGUCAAACUGUCAUUAACCAGUCUGUUUGUGUCUCGAAUACAUCUGAACAUUUAUAUCAUGACACUGCUAUGCAGCCUCAACUCACUUUUUUUUUUUUUUUGGCUUUAUUUUCACUGGUGGUUAUUGCCUCUUAAAAUGUAUAAGAUCUAGGCUUAAGGUUAAAAGAAGGUUAUUGAUCUCAGUGAUUGAUCUCAGUUUUUUUUUUUUUUUUCAGUUUGUUCGGCCAGCAGGCAAUGGAAGAAUUUUUAUUAGUAAAUGUUAAAUAAAAAAAAAAAAGGUUUGAAGAGCGCUUAACCCAAUCACCAGCAGUUAUUUGUGCUUUUAUUUUAAUUUAAAGGUGUGUUUUAAAUGCACUCUUUUUACACCUUUUUGAAUUUUGUUUGCUUUCGUUUGAUGUGAUUAACGUCCGAUGCUUUUGGGGUUGUCACGGGACGGUGGUUCUCAACCCCCUUUUAAACUAGGGUCAGUAGGUUAAAAUAAGUGAUUUGUUUAAUUUAUUCCAGAUUUUUCACAGUGGGAUUAAUUUAUAGUUGGUUUUAGCCUCGGGACUUCUGUGUUGCUUUUGGGAGUGCUGUGUCUUCACCAGAGUCAAAAGCAGGGAUGUGACUUUGCAUGGGUGUGUUUUUAAUUAUUUACAUUUAUUCUGACCGGUUUUAAGUAAAUGGCCUAUGAAUCCAUCUGGAAGUGUGCUGUCGCCCCCUAGUGGCCCCUGGUUGAGGACCACCGUCCCAGAGACGGCCGUUCACUCAUGAGUGUGUAAGAAUGACAUUCAGUAUCGUGAAGAAACGUGAACUAAUGACAUUUGACGUAAAUAAACGUAUUUUGCUUUAAUCAGUACAUUUGUAUACUCCUGCAGUUAUAUUUCUGUAAGAUGUGCUGCUAUAUGAAUAAAGAUAGAUAUGAAGUUC